AUGUGUCCUUAUAAUGGUGUGGAACAAGUAAUGUCAAUGGAUGUGUUUCUUAUACCCCAGAUUACAUAUGCCAUUACAAGGCCUGAAAUUGCUUUUAAGGGAGACACCAUGUCUGACUUCAUUGUUGAUGACAGUUGCUUGUCUGAUAUUGAAGCUUUGAGUGGAACUAAUUUUAAGAAAUGGAAGAAACAAAUUGGAAUUGUUUUGGGAAUUAUGGAUUUAGAUUAUGUAUCAAUAGAGCCAGCAUCUACAAAGCCUAAUGAUACAAGCUCAAUUACGCCUACAAUUCAAGGAGCAAUUCUUGUUUCUGAAAGUGCAAUCGGCUAUAUGAAAUCUAUUGAAGAACAAUUUAUUAGAACUUCCAAAUCCCUUGCUAGUACUCUCAUGAUUAAAAUGAUAACAAUGAAAUAUGAUGGUUUGAGUGAUGUUCGUGAACAUAUCUUAAAGAUAAAUGACAUGGCCUCUCAAUUAAAGGGAAUGGACAUGGAAAUUUCUGAAGGUUUUCUUGUUUAUUUCAUUAUGACUUCUCUUCCUAUGCAAUUUGGUUGUUUCGAGAACAAUUAUAAUACGUAG